AUGCCGCGAACCCCGCCCUGGCUUUUUCGGCAGGCCAAAAAACACUCGCCCCAUGCUGCCACGCUGCUUCUUGCUUGCAAAAGCUUGCCUCUUGCGCUCAACGAGCUGCGCUGGAUCAGAGAAUACGUCAACCUAAACACCAGGCCUGCUCAGCGAGAGCAGCGCUUACAUGCGCUCUGCCGCCAAAGGGGCCAGGGUAUCCCCCUUCAGUAUGUCUUGAAGUCGCAGCCCUUUGGCCCUUUGGACAUCAAGUGCAAACCUGGGGUUCUCAUCCCGCGGCCGGAAACGGAGGCUUAUACCUAUCAUCUCGCGAAUGAGUUGAAGCGUCUCAGACGCCGGGAUGGACUACAAGAGCUGAGGGUUCUGGACCUGUGUACUGGCACAGGCUGCAUACCUUUAUUGUUGUUUUCUCUGCUUCAAAAAACGUUCAAGCGCUUGCAAGUACAGGGCGUUGAUGUCUCCGCUGAAGCCGUCCGGUUGGCCCGCGAGAAUAUGGCUGCGAAUACAAGUCUGGGACACUUGAAGAUGGCCUCUGACCAACAGCAAGUGCAGAUUACUCAAAGAGACAUCUUUAAUGACUUGGAUAUGAAGAACAUACUCUCUACGAAAUGGGACGUCUUGACGUCGAAUCCGCCCUAUAUUUCCCUCGACGUCUGGAACAGUGGCCGCGGCCAGAUGGGUCAUUCCGUUCGCAAGUUUGAGCCUGCGUUAGCACUGGUGCCUGGCGCGCAUCUCAAGCCGCCACCGGGGUGGCAAAGUUCAGACGUCUUUUACGCUAGGCUGCUGGACAUUGCCUACCACGUCAAGCCGAAGCUGCUGCUCUUUGAAAUCGGCGACGAACCGCAGGCGCUGCGCGUGGUGAAGAAUUACCUGGCUCACCGGCUUGCCAGCUUGUCCUCCGUUGAGAUCUGGCGCGACACACCAGAUGUGCAAGAGAACCUGGUUCGCCAGCAUAUCGAUGUGUCCUGUCGCAAAGGCCUGGACUAUUCCGUGCCGAUAAAGGGAAGUGGCAAUAUUCGGUCGAUACUAAUCAGGAGUGUUGACACUGCGGCUUUUUGA